AUGGAAAUGGAUAAAACAGCGACACGUCUACUGCGAAUUGAAGUCAAAGAUGUCAACGACAAUUUGCCAAUUUUUUCGGAAAUUCAUAGUUCAGUACCUUUGGUAUUUGUGGUUCAACCGGGCAAUACGGUCAUUGGCCAAUUGAGAGCAGUGGAUAUAGAUGAUGCACCGUAUAAUUCUACAUAUUACUAUAUGCUACCUAGUUGUUCAAAUCGAGAUGGAAUAUUCACAAUUGACAAACAAACUGGUAUUGUUUCGGUGACAAAUCCUAAUGAUCUCAAAUAUAACGAAUAUCAUUUAUGCGCCUUAGUCAGGUCUCAUAAUUUUUCAUAA